AGACAGCUCUAACGGCCGUCUCUGCUCUGCCUGCCGUCUUCCUAUUCGAUUCAGAAGAGCGAGCGGUUGAAGUGAUCCUACAAUUAUUUUCGUGUGAAGGCAAUCCAACACCAAAAGAAUCAGUUUUACUGUUCAACUCCGUAUUCGCUUUUUUGGGUGCUUGGGCAGCAGCUGCUGUUCAUCCAUUGGAUUGGGAUCGUUGGUGGCAGGUAAUCACGCAUAUAUGCGCGCAUACACUUCUUGUCAAAUGUGUAAUAAAUUAAUUUACAGCGAUACCCUCUUCCUUCCCUCGUCGGUUGCUUUAUUGGAGCAGUUAUUGGUAUUUUUAUUGCCAUUACCCGGAUUUUUGUCAUCAAGCGGACCGCUUACAAUAAGACUAAAAAACGCUAAACAAUGGUUCAGCGUCAAAAAACUCUUGCGACAUUCGGAGCAGGACCUUUUGCAACAGGUGAUUCAAGUGGUGGUCGAUUCGGUCAUUAUACAUUUGAUGAUGCCCCACAACUUCUCGGAAUUCUGUUGGCAGAAUUUCAUAACACUUUAGGUGCAAUCAUCAAACAUUCUGUUCCGAAAGAAAAUAAUAAAGUUGAGGCAACUUUUCACUUCACAAAAGGCUUGAUCAUUCCAAAACCAUCCAUGUUCCGUAACUCAUUUUCACUGACCAUCAAAUCUCUUCGCUGCAAAGUUCUCAUGUUUCCCGUUGGAAUAGAUCACAAAAGCUACGAACGUGGUCGUUUCACUUUCGAUAUGGCUUUCAUCGUUGACAUGACAUCAUCUGCAGAAACAAUGUAUGAGCCAAUUGUACAGAAAUGCGCGGAAUAUUUGAUUGAAUUGGAGAUGGAAUACAAAUUUCUCACAAAUCCAAAAUACAAGGAUCAGGUUCUUGAUGUAAUGGAGAGAAUGUUCAAUGAUCUGUCGAAUAAAGGCGAAAGUGUGAUUGAAGUCAGUCUUGAAGAUGAAAAGAUUGUGACAUUAUAUUUCAAAUUAUGCCCAUUGUAUCGUGGAUGUGAACCUCCAGAAAUCGAUUAUCAUAUGGUUCCAAUGUUCAUAAGAGAAGUGACGCUUACCGAUCAUCUCAUAGAAAAAAUGGAUGUUCUGUCACAGAAGAUUAUUCCUCAAAUUGAUGGAAUCAAUACAGUUCGAGAGAUUGCUAUUAUUCUCGAACUUGAUCCAUCCCUCGUCGCCAGAUGUGUUCGUAAUUUACACUUCUACGAAUGUGUCAGUCUUGUUCCAAUGUUUCUCUACUAUAAUACAUAUGUGGCAACUGAAAGAGUUCACGACUUUUACAAAAAUCAAACGGAAAUCAAUGACUGCCUUGAGUUUGUGAAAAUUCAAACGGAAAUCGGUGCAGACGGCUCAGAAAUUCCAACGCGAACUCCAGAAUUUUCGGAUGUGUUCCGACUUUAUUUGAGCAUGAAAGUGGUGGGACCUAAACUUCCGAUCGACGAAUCUGAUAGCAAUCGACUACGUUUUCAGUGCGGCAACAAUCUAGCAGAAUGGGCCGAUCUGGAGAAACCAAGAUCGAUGGGUAUUGAUGAACAGCGACUUGUACAAUUUGGAAUGCAUCAUCAGUUUCUUCGUAAACUUUCUAAAUAUCCUAUUUGUGUUGCAAACCCAGGCAACAACACUCUCCUGAAACGGUGUAAUGGAAAAACUUCAAUUGACGAACUUUCUCUUCAACAUAAUGUGGACCCCGAACAACUUUGCUCACUGUUGGAAGAAACCGGAAAAUUUGAGUUUGUCAUGAAAUAAAUGAAAAUCGUGUAUUAUUGUUUCGUUUUACAACAACUUUUAACAAAUAAAUUUGAUUUAUUUAU